AUGAGUAGCAGAAAUAAAAUAUCUCAUCAAGAUGCGGACAUUUGCCAGCUAGGCAUCAGGAACCUUAUCCCAGCUAAUAUAAGACACAAGUAUGGCAGCUCUUUGGUUGAGCAACUCAUUUCUCCAGAAGAGAUGCGAAAUUUCCUGAGAGAUGUGGAGGAGAGAACAAGGGACAUGCCCAGAGUCACCCUAAAACAUGCCACCCUAAAUCCCUGGCUUAUGGAAGAUUAUCUACACAGGACAUACUCUGAGCUAAGUCACUACCUCCGCAGUAAUGUCUUUCCAGGGGUGCCCAGAAAUCAGCACAGCCUGGUGCAUGAUUCGUACACUGCAGAAGUAAAUAAAAGAGGGAGACUAGAUAAGGGCAACAGGCAACACUGGCAUGGAAGGAAGACUGAUGACUUAGCUCUUUGGUCACAAAAGCUAAAGGAGAGAAACGCCAUUGUCAAGAUCCAGAAGAGUCAACAAAAACCAUCCUGUGUUUUCCCAUUGCGCAUCCACACUACAGUCCCCAUGGAUGAUCCUCAACCUCCAGCUCCACCAACCAAGAAGCCAAAGAAACAAAAGGCUAAAGCCAAGAAGCCAAAAGCAACGACUCCUCCAGUUAUACAACCUGAUCAAGAUGAUGAUUUCUGGGAUUUUUAUGAUAAACCUAUUCCUUAA